UUUCUACUUCAAUUUCUUGAUUGAUUAAAUUGCAAAGAGUUUAAAAAAUAAAAGAAAAGAAAUGGGUUCCACUAGUGCACAAUCCCUAACACUAGCACUUCUAAUUGCUUCGAUGUUGGGAGGUUCUAUGGCCUACAAAGGCUGGGGCUGGGGACAAGGCUACAACUACAGUCAUUGGGGUCAUGGACAUGUGUACCAUCAUCCCAACAGCACCCAAGGCCCCAACAGAAUCAACGUCGGUGGCUCUGAAAACUGGCAUUUCGGGUUCAACUACACCAAAUGGGCUAUCAACCAUGGUCCAUUUUACCUCAAUGAUAUUCUAGUUUUCAAGUACGAUCCACCUUCGUCCAACAACACACAUCCACACAGCAUUUACAUGCUUCCGGACCUUGCCAGCUUCGUAAACUGCAAUUUCAGUCAGGCCAGGAUGUUGGCGAGUACCACACAAGGUGCGGACGAGGGGUUCGAGUUCAAGCUCAAGAGUUGGCAGCCUUACUACUUUGCUUGCGGGGAAAGCAAUGGCUACCACUGCAGCAAUGGUGGCAUGAAGUUCCUUGUCGUGCCCGUGCUUCGUGGCUGGAAUUUCUGAUAUGGAAAUAUUCAAUGAAUAUUGCCAAAAGGAAAAUUAAAGAAAUAUUGAUGUAGCUAGUUUUAACAGUAUGUGUCUCUGCAUGCAAUGCAGGCUUUUAGAGACUGCAAAAUAAUCAGUAUUUUGCACUUUGGGUCAACAUAUAGUGAAUAAAGUGUAUAUAUACAUAUAUAUACACACCAAUGAGAAUUUGUAAUGAUUUUAAAUAUU